UUCGUCAGUGAGACUGAUUGACAAGGGCUGUCACUCUAACGUUAGCCGUCAGCUCAAGCGAAGUAAUGUUAAUGCUGCUUUCAAAGAUGGAAAUAAGCAGAGGUGUAGUGCACAAUAUGGUGAUGAAUCAUGAGGAAUCACCGGGGGGGUCCCGUGCUGGCCGACCACAAGUCCUCUUCAGCCCGGACUUUUUUGUGGAGAAACUCCGCCAUGAGAGCCCUGAUGUUUUCCUGGAGCUGGUGCUUAGUAACAUUACUCGACUUAUUGAUCUACCCGGGACAGAGUUUGCACAGCUCCUUGGUGAGGAGGGUCCUAAGACCCCAACAAGUGGAAAUGGAGGCUUCUUUCGCUCUUUCAACUUCCUCAAACGCAAAGAUAAAGGCAUUUUGUUUGGAACCACGCUGACCGAGAGCAGCAUUGCCCAGAUCUACCAGCUCAUUGAGUACCUCAGCAAAAAUCUGCACGUAGAGGGUCUGUUUCGGGUGCCGGGGAACAGUGUUCGCCAGCAGACCCUGAAAGAGCUCCUCAACAGCGGGGCCGAAGUCGACCUGGAGUCUGGGGACUUUCACCCCAAUGACGUGGCCACGCUGCUCAAGACUUUCCUGGGAGAGCUGCCCGAGCCCCUGCUCACACACAGACACUUCCACGCACACCUCAAGAUAGCUGAUAUGACUCUGUUUGACGAACACGGCAACAAGACUGCGUUACCCAACAAGGAGCGUCAGAUAGAGGCCCUGCAGCUCCUCUUCCUGCUGUUACCCCAGGCCAACCGCUCACUGCUGAAACUCCUGCUGGACCUGCUCUACCACACUGCCAAGCAGCAGGACAAGAACAAGAUGUCCGCCUUUAACCUGGCCCUCAUGUUUGCCCCGCAUGUCCUUUGGCCCAGACAUAUGACAGCCAGUGACCUGAAAGACAAUCUGAAGAAACUGAACAACAGCAUGGCCUUCCUCAUCAAACACUCGCAGAAACUCUUCAGGGCUCCAGUCUACCUGCGGGAAUAUGCCAAAGUGCACUUCACUGGCUCCAAGGCUCUGCAGACCAAGGAUGAGCUGGAUCUGCUGGCGGCGAGCAGCUCUCCUGCUCAGCGGACCGUGUUGCCGCUGAAGAGGACGGCCGUUCAAGGCCCCAGCUCUCAGGAGCAGUUCCAAUCACCGGCUCAACAAUACACAGAAGAGGCUCUGAAGGAGCUCUUCAGACACGUCAACCACAACAUGCCAGACUCCGCCAAGAAGAAGAAACUCGUCCGACAGUUAGUCAAGCAGACAUCCGAUCCAUCAGAGACGCCUACUAAAGAGCAGCACCUGCUCCUCCCAGCUCCCAGCAAGAAACAUCCGCGUUCCCGCUCCUUCGGUGGCCUCAUCAAGAGAAAAGCUCGUGGUGAGCAGCUGACUGCCGAAAGGCGGCUCAAACACAUCUCCCCUGAUAUUGUCACCAGGACAGAAAGAAAACCUGGUAAAGAGAACGCCAGGUGGCAAGGGGUGAACAGCCCAUUAAAUGGUCCUGUGUUGGGGAAGGCGGGGCUGGUGGUGAAAAACCCAGACUUAACUUUGAAGAAGGACAAAGCGCUAAAGGUUUCCAAGCAGGACUCUCCGCCUGUGACCAGGAUCUGUUUCUCUCCUGCUCAGGAGAUCUCACUGUAAAACCCCACACCUCGCGGACAGGACUUGGGCAGUAUUAAUUAUUAUUCCUCUUUGUUUAUUAUCAUGUUUUUUUAACUGUAGUACGU